AUGGAAGCGAGUUUGAAAAGCCAGAGAAUAAUCCAGCCACAUCACCAAACUGUUGUUGGGUACCUUAACAGCAAGCAGGCGGCACUGUUCAAAAGAAUGAUUUGGGAAGCAAUGAACAAGGACUAUGAUAAGGGAAAGAGUAGAAAACGAGCUAGAAUGGCCAAGAAAGCUGCUCCUGCUAAAAAGCCAGAAAAGGCUGUCAAAGUUUCUACUGUGAUGGAUACUAAGAAUAGGCUGAGUUCAAAAAUCAACUAUGAAGCUUUGGAUAACUUAAAUGAAGAGCUUGGUUAUGCACUUGCAUUUGAGGAAGGCACAAAGUCUAGUUGUGGCAGUCUUGGUGAUAUGCAACUGUCAAAUGAAGAGGCUGAAGCCAGACAAGUCCAAGAUGACGAUUCAUAUGUUGCAAAUGACAAAUAUAACGGACACAAUUACGAUGAUGAAUGCAAUUAUGAUGAGGAAUGCGAUUUUGACGAAUUGACUUAG